AGAAUUUCUUUGCACUAAUUUAUUGACGAGACCCAAACCUAAACCUCUAUUGCAGCCAGUUAUCAGAAUAGAUUUCAUGACGAAUGUAAUGUGUGUGUUGUCUACGUUAGUAACAAAAUAUUUCUCUGUUUCGCGGACGAGAAACGUGACUAGUUCGUAACUGACGCAGAAUGGCGGUUACGGGGAUUAGCGCGCGGCUGCUGACUUUGCGUGCAUCUCAGCUGAAAUGUGUUACAGUAACGAAAAAUAAAGUCAGUUUUCAGGGUCAUGUAUGGUAUUCGUUGAGAUCAAUUACCAGCACUGCCACGGCGGUAACACCUAGUAAUUUCGAAUAUGAUCUGGUGGUCAUCGGAGGCGGAUCAGGUGGCUUAGCAUGUGCGAAGGAAGCUGUCCAGUACGGAACAAAAGUGGCUGUUUUGGACUACGUCACACCAUCUCCCAGAGGAUCAAAGUGGGGUCUCGGAGGGACCUGUGUAAAUGUUGGAUGUAUACCAAAGAAAUUGAUGCAUCAAGCGGCCUUACUUGGUGAAGCAGUAUAUGAUGCAAAGUUUUAUGGAUGGGAAGUUCCUGAAUUAAAAGAUAUAAAACAUAACUGGGAAGUUCUUAGAAAUGCUGUUCAAGACCACAUAAAAUCAGUCAACUGGGUAACACGAGUGCAGUUGAGAGAAAAGGAGAGAAGAGACUGUUUUGAAGGAUCACGUGAGCGUUGGAAAGAUCCAGACAGAAGAAAAGAUCAUUUAUUGAGGAAAAUUGAUUACAUCAAUGCCCGUGGAUACUUCAUUAAUGAACAUGAAAUAAACGCUGUUGAUAAAAAUGGCAAGGAACGCAAGAUAAGUGCAGCAAAAUUUGUGAUAGCAGUGGGAGGACGACCAAGGUAUCCUGACAUUCCAGGUGCCAUGGAAUAUGGCAUUACAAGUGAUGAUAUCUUCAGUCUCCAGAACCCUCCUGGCAAGACGCUGAUUGUUGGUGCUGGCUACAUUGGUCUAGAAUGUGCUGGUUUUCUUAAUGGUUUGGGAUAUGAUGCAACGGUAAUGGUACGUUCUGUAGUGCUCAGAGGCUUUGACCAACAAAUGGCAGGCCUAGUUGCAGAUGAGAUGGCCGAGCGUGGUGUGAAAUUUUUACAUAAGUGUGUACCAUUAUCUGUGGAGAAGCAGGCCGAUAACAGACUUCUGGUGCGUUGGAAAAGUGUUACGGACAGCACAGAAGAUCAGGAUGUGUACGACACAGUAUUGUUUGCAGUGGGUCGUCGUGCUUUAACAACUGAGCUUGCUGUGAGUGCUGCAGGAGUGAAAACCCUUCCAGAAUCUGGCAAGAUUGCUGUCUGUGAUGAGUGUACUAAUGUACCACACAUUUUUGCAGUUGGAGAUGUUCUGCAUGAGAAACCAGAACUCACUCCAGUGGCAAUCCAUGCUGGUAAAUUAUUAGCACAGCGGCUAUUUACUGACAGCACACAUACAAUGGACUAUGAAAAUGUGGCAACAACUGUGUUUACACCCCUUGAGUAUGGGACAGUGGGUCUCAGUGAGGAAAAAGCUUUAGAAAGAUUUGGUGCUGAUAAGAUUGAAGUAUUCCAUGCUUUUUAUAAGCCUACAGAGUUCUUCAUACCACAAAGGAAUCCUGCUCGUUGUUACGUCAAAGUAGUCUCCCUUCGUGAAUCACCACAGAAAGUGUUGGGAAUGCAUUUUGUAGGUCCCCACGCUGGUGAGGUUAUCCAAGGAUUUGCCUCUGCAGUAAAGUGUGGUCUCACUAUGGAUAAAUUGGUAACCACUGUGGGUAUUCAUCCAACAACUGCAGAAGAGUUUACAAGGCUCUACAUAACAAAACGCUCUGGUCUGGAUCCUACUCCUCAGGCUUGUUGCAGCUAGAGAAGAGAAAAAAACAGGAUUUGGAGUAUAUACAAAAGGCUGGGUUGCAUUAAAAGUAUGCAGCCUGGCAUCCCUUACUUUCAACAUAACAGUAUGGGCCAAGUUACUUCACUAUUCAAAGCAGUUCAACUGCUGUUCUACAGUUUGCUUGGAACGAUUAUUUUUAAUUAUAAAUAAAAAUUUAUCUGAAUCAUUCUACUGUUCUUGCCAUUUAACUUUGUAUGAAACUUACCUCAGCAAUUUUUUAUUUUGAGAUACUUUAUAGUUGGCAUAAAAGUUGCCAAAAAGAUUUCAUGGUGCAUGUACUUCAGUUUGAAAGCUGUUGCUAAUUAAUUUUUUCUUGCUUUGUUCGAAUGAGUGUUGGUGGAUCAUGGUGUAAAUACUUGGUGCUCAAAUUUUAUUACACAGAUGUGAUCUAGUAUUAAAUAAAAGGAGGCUUAGUUCCUAGUAUUUUGAGUGUUUACACACACACACACACACACACACACACACACACGUUUCAUGAUGUAACUUGGCCAUAAGCACGAAAUGUCUCAGAUAUGAUGUAGAUCUGUACCAUUAUCAGUAUUUUAAAAUGACAAUUUAUAUUUGAAUCCCUUGCUUUAAAUCAUCAGAUUGAGUUUCAUAAAAUACUUUUAUUUUUGUAGACUACUUGUUUAAAUGUUGUAAUUACAGUUGUAAAAUAAAUGUAUCUAAAACCGUU